GGUACACUGAAAAAGGAGUGAACAUCACCCUAAAAAAGUUCCCUCUUCUCCCCGUUCAAAUUUCAAAAUCCAAGCUGGCUGGCAUUCGACAUAUCUCAGUCAGUGAACUCUCCAAGUCACCACCAGCCCCCCUUCUCUCUUUAAGUUUUCUCUUCUGAAUUGAAUUGCAAGCAAUGCCAUGAGAAAGCUCUUAAUGCUCAAUUAGCUGUUCUCGUGUUUUUCGAGUUUAGAUUCGGUCUCAAUCUACCCACCAAACCAAUGAUUUGCGCCAGCUGAGUACUGCGAUACUGGAUGCGACACUUUAGAUUCGGAUAUGGGCUGUUUUUUCGGUUGUUUCCGCUUUGGCCGCGACGGCUCCGCCGCUGAUCGUCACCUCCCUCACUCUGAUCACGCCUCUCGCUCUCCCCGCUUCUCUAGUACAACCGAACCUGUUGCCUCAAGGAAUCGGAGUCCACUUUCUUCAUUGUUUGUUUCUGAAGGUAACUUUUACGAAAAUGAAGAGGAAACAAAUUUGCAAUCCAAGGGAGUAGAGAAACUUGGCUGUACAACUGAAGUGCUUGAGUUGGAUAUAAAUGAGCUCAAGCAUCAGGCCAAGUUCCUCAAAGCUUGUGGAACCUUGCCCGAGACACCUAUUGAAAUUAAAAAGCUCUCUGGUAAUAAAUGCAACAGUGAUUUGUCAUCACCUCAGAUGGGGGAACUUGAUGAACCUUUGAAAAUUUGUUCAUUGUUCCCUGACACUUAUAUUGAGAAGCAAAAUACAGAAAUACAGCCCAACAAUCUCUCACUUACAAAAGAUUGCGUUGAAUGGGUAGAUGGAUCAAGCUCUUCCUUCCGUACACCUAGCAGCUGCAUGACUUGUGAGGAAGAGAGUAAUAGUGUUGGUAUCUCAUCAAGUUCACCUUCAACAGUGCCUCCUGUCACUGCUUGUAGACAAAAACAUGUUCAUUUUGAGCGCAAUUCAGACAAAAAGCCUUCUGAAGUUGAUAGUCCAAACUCAAAGCAUUCUCCCUAUCCAACUCCCCUAAAGCUAACUGAUGAGAUGCAAACACCUGGAACUAUUUUUUCAACAUAUGUAGAGAAUCUGCCAAAAGCUAAAAAUCCCCGCAUCAGGUCUGAAUAUGUAUACGGCGUUCUAAACCCCGUUGAAAAUGCUUCUCAGUUGAAGAAGGCGAAAGAUGAAGAAGAUUCGGAAUCCGCUCAAGAUUCUAAUUUUAAAUCAUCCUUGAGUGAAGUAAAUUGUACCCCAAAAAUGGGACUCAUAGAGACCACAAGUGAGAACAAUGCGAAUGUUGAAGCAAGCCUAUCUUCUUGGCUGAAACCACCUUUCAAUCAACAAAGUCAUGGAAGAACUAAGGGGGAUCGCCCUAUCCUUGGAAUGGUUGCUGCUCAUUGGAAUGAAAGAGAAACACCUAGUCUCUCGCCUAAAUGGUGGGGUGGAAACGGGAUUCCAAAUUCUACUCACAAAUACAAAGAGGACCAAAAAGUGAGUUGGCACGCAACACCAUUUGAGGAGAGAUUGGAGAAGGCGUUGUCGGAAGAAACACUCAUCUCUCAAAGGAAAUUGGUAAGCAGUUCUCCAAUCAGCUUCAAAGAAACUGAGGAAUCAGACACAGCUUUAUCCCAAUUCCAGUCUGAAAGUCAGCAUGAUAGGGCAGUGCUUGCUCUGUCAUAAACAAAGUAGAGUUUUAAAUUGCUUGUUUUCAGCAAAUAACUUCUUUUGCAGCAACUUGAUCAUUUCUUUUAAGUCUGAGUUUGAUAAGUUGAUGUAAACUUGGUGUUUGGGAAUUCUUUUGUCCUGUCUCCCCUCGCGAUGCCAUCGAUCAAUCAGGGGACAGACAGAACACAUUGAUGAUGUCUUAGCAUUCAUACUUACAGAGUUAUGGGUAACUAUCUCAAGUAUGAAGUUGAGGUUGGAUCUCUACUUGAUCGUUACAUGUUUUAAGCUGGAACACCC